GCAUCACAGUUGCUAACUUACUAGGCAGAGGUGCUGUAUAAUGAGAAUUGAAUUUUUGUAUUAUUAUACUUCUGUGUAAUUUGCACAAUGAAACAAAUGAAUGAUACGUUGGUCAUAGCAGUGUAUCAACACACAGCUCUUCCUUCCAGACGAAUUAUUCUGAUAUGUGACGCGUACAACAGAGAUAAUGCAUGACAUUACCCCGACCAAGCACACGAUCAGAUGAUAAAUAUUUGUUUACGUGUUAUUUAUACGCAAAAAAGCAAGUUUUUGUUGACACGUGUCAUUUUGUGGAUGUCUGUGCAGUAACUGAAAAUGUUGAAAGCUGUUAUUUUGAUAGGAGGGCCUUUGAAAGGAACGAGGUUUCGGCCUCUUUCCCUUGACAUUCCAAAACCGCUUUUCCCUGUAGCUGGCCUUCCAAUGAUUCAGCAUCACAUAGAAGCAUGUGUCAAUGUACCAAACUUGAAAGAGAUACUAAUUCUGGGAUAUUAUCCUGCUUCAGAACUUUCACAGUUUGUUGAAGAAAUGAUUGAAGAAUACAAAGUAAACAUACGGUACCUCCAAGAAUUUACAGCUCUUGGAACUGCAGGUGGAAUUUAUCAUUUUCGAGAUCAGAUUAGAUGUGGAAACACUGAAGCUUUUUUCGUUCUGAAUGGUGAUGUCUGUGCUGAUUUCCCCUUAGUGGAAAUGUUGCAUUUCCACCAGGAGAAAGGAGAAAGAUCACUGAUCACAAUGAUGACUACUGAAGCUACACGUCAACAGUCUGUACACUAUGGCUGCAUUGUGCUAGACAAAGAAACAUGUGAGGUGAAUCACUAUGUGGAAAAACCAUCCACAUUUGUAUCAACCCUCAUAAACUGUGGUGUGUAUCUUUGCUCUGUGGAAAUAUUUCAGACAAUUGCUGCAGUUUUUAAUACUAGGCAACAAGAAUAUUACAGCAGUGAAGACAAUGGUGGCGGCAAUGGCAGGAGUGGAGAACUGGCAGUGAUUCAGCUUGAAAGGGAUAUACUAAUGGCACAAGCGGGCGGUGGUCGUCUGUUUGCUCUCCAGACAUCACGAUGGUGGUCACAGCUGAAGACAGCGGGAUCUGCCAUCUAUGCAAACCGCCACUACCUUGAACUAUAUCGCACUCGAAGGAGGGACAGGCUUGCUGGGCCAGGACGUUGUACCAUCCUUGGUGAUGUCCACAUCCAUCCUUCUGCCACUGUACACCCUACAGCAGUGCUCGGUCCAAAUGUGAGCAUUGGCAGUGGAGCAGUUGUUGGACCAGGUGUUCGUGUACGUGAAUCUAUCGUCCUUUCGGGUGCACACAUUGCUGACCACUCUCUAGUGCUUCACAGUAUCAUUGGUCGUGGCAGCAGAGUGGGAAAAUGGACUCGGGUAGAGGGCACUCCCUGUGAUCCAAAUCCAAAUAAACCGUUUGCAAAGAUGGACAAUCCUCCUCUGUUUAAUUCAGACGGUCGUCUCAACCCUUCCAUCACUAUACUUGGAUGCAGUGUAACAGUUCCUUCAGAAGUAAUACUUCUGAAUUCAAUUGUACUACCCUACAAGGAACUGACACGGAGUUUCAAGAAUGAAAUUAUCUUGUGAAGCACAAAGUAUUAGUUUUGUAAACAAAUCAUCUGAUAGCACAAAACUAUUAAAUAUAUUUUCAAA